GAAUUGAAUUGAAACAGAGUGUUCCAUAUAUCCUUUAUGAAUUCCAUCAAUAUUCUAGGGUAAACGAACUAUUGGCAACAGUACACGUUCGUUUUUUUACACACAUAUUAUAGUAACGAAUAUAGUAAAUUAGAAUUAAAAGUAUAGUCUGCAGCUCAAUCCAAAAAAUAAAUAAAAAAGUGUGGAUGAAAUGUAUUAUGCUAGAAAUCGCAUGCUGCCUAAAGUUGUGUAUAUGGAACGUAAUAAUAUUAUAACCUUAAAAUUUUAUUAAUUUAAUUUGAAAAUUUUGUUGCAAGAUCUAACGAAAACUUUAUAAAAUGAGCGAUCUUCCAGACUUUUCGAGCCCAAAGGGUGCUGAUUCGGAACUCCAAGAUUUUCUUUUAGCAGAGAAACAAAAGGCUCAGUUUCAUGCACAGAUCCACGAAUUCAAUGAAUUAUGUUGGGACAAGUGCGUGGACAAACCUGGCGCCAAGAUAGACUCCCGCACCGAGACUUGUAUCACAAACUGCGUUGAGCGGUUUAUAGACGUUUCACUUCUCAUCACCAAUAGAUUUGCUCAGAUGUUGCAAAAAGGCGGCGAAAUGCAUUAAACUUGCAGAGAACUAUUGCAGAAUUAACUAAGGAUCUUGAGCGCAAGGUCAAAUUUAGUUAGGUUUGUCAUUGCUUCUUACCGAUAUGGUUGCAUUUGAUAUUUGUUAACCCAAUAUUGUUACGUAUUUAAAAAAGAGUUAAAUUUGUUUUUCAAUGCAUUUUAAUUUGCUAGCAUUUAUUCUAAUUUAAUGUCUGCGAUUGAUAUUUGUGUUAGAAGUGUAGCCUGUCUCAAAAUUAAAGCAAUUCAGAUGGCAAACCCUUGUGUAGAUAUUAAUAUUAUUUCAAAUUAUAGGCCACCAUAAUUGUGGCAACUGCUGAGGGGUAAUCAUCUCUUAUCAGUCAACAUUCUAUUGGGCCCCACUACAUAUACCAUCAGGGGCAGUGGGAUUACUAUGCUAUACCUGUAUAAAAAAUACAGGACUCAUGAACAGUUGUUAGAUACUUUAUUGAUUGAUACAUUUAAGACUUUGUUCAUAGGUUCUCAUAAUAUCCAAGAUUAAAAAUAUAUUAAUUAGCUUAGAGUAUUACUUUAUGUCCAAUAAAGUAAUAAAUGUUGUUGAAAAUAUGAUGUCCACUGGAAAUGGAAUGUGUGGAAAGUCAUGUGAAAAUAAAACAAAGUAAAUAAA